AUGGAGUUGGAGUUGCCUAAUCGUUUAUACGGUGAGGGAUUGGAACCUCAGGUUAAGAAGAUUAAUAACAGCUGCCGACUAAAACUUCUCGAGUUGCUAAAAGAAAAAAUGGAACCAGAAUUCGAUGAAGUUAUGAAAGAUCCCAUUUUUUCACAGAUUAUGGUUAUCCAGAAGAAUGAUCUGAAGUUUUCGGCGAGGUUGGUACACUCUUUCUUGUGUAAGGAGUUGAUGACAAGCAAGAGACAUGAGAAGUGGUUCACUUUCGCUAGGAGACCUCUGCGUUUUGGAUUGCAAGAGUAUCAUGCUGUCACUGGUCUGAAAGUGAAGCGAGAGAAUAACAGUGGGUUAGUGACAUGGGAAGACGAUGAUGGUUUUUGGAGCAAGCAGAUAAAGACAAAUGGAAAAAUAAAUUUGCAGAUCAUAAAAAAGAAGCAUUUGGAAGAGAGCAAUACCUGGACUUGGGUUGAUAGGGUGAGACUGAUAUAUCUUUGCGUUAUUAUGGGUGUGGUGAUGGGGAAGGAUGAGAAGGUGAAUAUCCCGCAUCUGUACAUGAAGUUGGCGAUGGAUUUGGAGAAGCUUCGGAAUUACCCAUGGGGUCUGUAUUCGUUUGAUUUCCUUCUGAAGCAAAUUGAUAAAACAAGGCAUAAAUUAGAGCAGAAAGAGGGGUAUCUGAUGGAAGGAUUCUUGUUUGGUUUCCAAAUUUGGAUAAUGGAAGCUGUUCCUGCUUUAGGAGAGAUUUGUGGCACAAAAGGGAUUUUGCAUUCAUUCAUGGAAUCCCACAUAGAUGGAGUGGUCCUUUUGGCAACUGAUUUUGUACAGAAGGAUGAGAAGAAAGAUGAAACAGUAGAUCGCAUUUUAGAUAUGAUCAAUAGUAAACAUGAUUGGAACAAUCAUGUUUGGGGAGUAAAAGAAGCUACGAACUCUGAAUUUGAGGAAUCUGGCGAAGAGAAAGGAGAGGAUCAAACAGCUGAUACUGAGAGAGGUGAAAAUAGUCAUGUUGCAGAGAAUAUUGAUGGCACAGCUGAUGUUUCGGGAAGAAACAAGAGAAAGCAUGCAGACCGAGGAGCAGAGUCAAGGAAGAAGAAUGUUUUGUGCCACCUAGCUGCUUCAUCAAAAGAAAAUAUUGACACAGAUAUGAAAAUUUUUUUGGAGGAUCUGGUACAAGCUUCUUUUACUGCUUUUGGGGAGAAAUUCUGUCAGCAGUUCUCGGACAGGUUGGGUAAGAUUGAGACUGAGGUUACACAACUCAGGACAGCUUCAGAGAGAACUGAGCAAUUUGAGACCGUUGUAACCGACAGAUUGGGGAAAAUUGAGGCUGAGGUUACACAGCUCAGGACAAGUUUAGUGGUGACUGAAUUGGUGGGAAAGAGUGAUCAAGCAAGCGGUCCUAGCUUGACCAAAAUCAACAGUGGUCCUAGCACCAGCAAAAAAGGCACUGCUCCAUCAAAGAAAAAGGCUGUAAAAAACCAAGAGUUAAAGACUGCUGAUUCGUGUGUCAAUUUACCUCGUGCAAAAGUUACUCAAUCAUCAGCUAGUGAUCUUCGUAUGGGUACACAAGAGUUUUUGGAAAGUUGCAUGAAGAACCUUCCAUUAGACACAUUUGUGAAAGGUUUGAAUCCUUCUCAAGCUAAAGUCGAAGAUUCAUUGGAUUGGUUGGAACUUCCAAAAUCAUUGAAGAAGCCAACAGAUUCAUUGGAACUUCAAAAAUCAUUGAAGAAGCCAGCGGUCCGAUUAGAUGACCGAGAUAUAGAGCUAGACGGCGAAAAUUUCCCUGAUCGCUGCUUGGUGUUUGUGCAUCCUACAGAUUUUAAGAAGAUGCAGGACUGGCAAGAUACCCGAACAGCUAUACAGAUUGGUCCUUCUAUGUUAGACGGUGAUCUAGCCGGACGUAUUAUGUCUGCCAGCAGUUGGCUUAAAAACUACGAAAUUGAUGCUAUAAUGUAUAUUUUUCGGGAAAGAACAACAUUGAAACGAUGGAACGUAGACCGUGUUGCUUUCAUGACAUGCGUCUUCAGCGACCUCAUUGCUAAGGAUUACCAGAAUUUCUGUAAGGGUAUUAAGAAAUACACUAUGGAUCCAUUACUACUGCAAUACGGUAAAGGUGAACUGCCUUCCCAUGGAAGAACACGGAUGUUGUGGAAUGUCGAUGUGGAUCGGAUGUACAUUCCUGUCUGGGAAGUGGAAGCUUUCGCGCAGCUUAUUCCUCGGAUUGUCAAGGCCGUGCAGUCAUUGACAAUACAGAAGCAUCUCCACAUCACUCCGUACAAUGUUUCCUAUGUACCUAUGAGUGGUCUUAACCGACUUCAAUGUCAUUGUGGUGUGUACACUAUAAAACACAUCGAAUGCCACGUGCUUGGGUUGGACAUAUCUAUGGCGAGUGAUGAGAACAUCUGGGGAGCUCGGAUAAAGAUUAUGUGGGAUCUAUGGGAAGCAGCUAAUGAUCUAGAACUGAUUGAGAGAAUGUCAAAGUAUGAACCUAUUAAGUGUAAUAAGCCUGCCGAGUAUGUUGAGAUUGAUGAUUUAUGA